CGCGUGUGCAUUUUCGCUCAGAAGAAUCUCGUGCUGAGAUUAUUGGAAGCUUUUCUUUGCGUUCCCCCCUCUGAGAUCCUCUAACGGCGCAUUUCUUCUCCGUUUCACAGCUUGUGAAGCGCCACGGUGCUGCUUCUCCGUUUCACAGAGGAGUCCUUGCCAUGGCUCGCCCAACCACGCCGCUUAUCCUUCUUGCCGCCCUCUUCCUCCUCGUCGGCGGCGCCGAGGCGCAGAAAAUGGUGUGGGUGGGCGGCGGCAACGGCAACAGGUGGAUCUCCCCGUGGGGCUACGGGCUCCAGAACUGGAAGGCGCCUAAAGUCCUGCCUGGCGACCUGCUAGUGUUCCAGUGGGUCAACGAGUGGCACUCAGUGCAUAAAGUGGAUGUCGCGGACUACUCUGCAUGCACGUUCCUUAACGCUAAACAAUUGGCGCGCGGUCGAAACUAUGGCUAUUAUAUGUAUAGGGUGCCUGGCCAAGACUAUGGCAAAACCAUCUACUUCAGCAGUAAUGUGGGCGAUGAUUGCAGCAACGGGGUCAAGGUGUCAUUCAAUGUGGGCUAAUUAACAAUGUAUGUUCUCAUUAUCGAUGUAUAGGUAAAAUAGUGAUGUAAAGCAUAUUGUAACAUUGUGGUAAAAGCUUCUCUCAUUUGUAAGAGUUCUUCUGAAAAGACGUGUACUUCA